AUUACUCCUUGCUUUUUUCCAAUGACCAUGGUCUCCGAGCCAGUCGACACUUCCUGCGUCCCUGGCUGCGGGAAAGAAUGUUCUGGGCAAGGUGCAGCGUUUUGUCGUUGCCUCGAAGCUGUAUUUUCGCGCAGUAUUUUUGUGCGUGUUGGAGGCUGCAAGAUGGGCAAAUGUGAAGAUAGUUCUGCUGAAGGUGAAACAGAGAAGCCAGCGCCUGCAAAGGCCGAGACCAAAAAAGCCGAAGGCAACGCUGCUUUUCAGGCCAAGAAUUUUGAGGAAGCGACACGCUUAUAUGGCGAGGCAAUUGCACUCGCGGAGGCUGCAGGAGAACCAGUGCCAGGUGUGUACUUCUCGAACCGUGCAGUGUGCCUGGCCUCCCUGAAUGAUUGGGAGGGCGCCCGAUCUGAUGCGGCUCAGGCUCUCUCAUGCAAAGACCUGACACCGGCUGCUACGAAGAAGGCUCUUUUUCAAAAGAGUCGAGCAGAGUCUCGCCUUCUCCUUGUUGAAGAAUUGGAGGCAACCCUCCGAUUGGCUGACUCACUCGGCCUCCGAGCGGAGGUGGAACGGCUUCUAGGCAGCGACCUGCCAACCAAGACCCAAGUUGAUGCCCGUGCAGACGCGCGCAAGGAUGUUGAAAAUCGGAUGAGUGGUGCAGUCGCAGAUGUUGUUUUCCAGGAAGCGCAGGCGCAGGCCGAAGCAAGCCCCGUACCUCAACCUGCAUCCCAAGCGAAGGAAGCAGGAACAGCGAGGUAUCGAGACGGAGAUUACCGGGGAGCAAUCACGCACUACCGUCAAGCUAUGGACUUGGCUCCCGCUGACGACGCUGGUUUGCGUGCUCAAUUGCUGGGAAAUAUCGCAGCAGCGUGCCUCAUGCUGAAGAAGGCGGCCGAAUGCGCCACUGCCUGUGAAGAGUCGCUCGCAUUGGACUCAUCUAACUCGAAGGUUCGUGCUCGAUUGGCUUCUGCCCAGGUUGCACGAGGUGACUUUGCUGCUGCAAGAGCUACUGUUGGGGAGGUAAAUGGAGAGGACUCUGCCUUGACGAAUGCCUUGAAGCAAAUAGGAAGCACAGAGGCAACCUUGGCUGAAGCUGAUCAGGCACUUUCAAAGGGCGAGCCAGCAAAGGCACUGAACAUGUACGCAAACUUGGAGUCUAGCGUUCUGUUUGACUACCCACCGCUGACGCUGAAAAUGGCCCACUGCUACCUGGACCUGAGACAGUAUCCGAGGGUGUUGAACACUACGCAACAGAUUUUGCGGUCCAAUCCCACCAGCAUCGAUGCACUUCUUUUGCGGACACAGGCUCUCUAUCGGAAUCACAAUGCUACAGCAGACUCCAAACAAUGGGUAGAGCCUUUAGAGCAGGGCCAACGGCUGCUAAAAGAGGCUCUUAGCCUCGACCCAGAUCAUUCUGAGGCUCAGGCCUUGAGAAAACGCCUCCGCAGUCUUUGCACCAAGCACGCUGAGCUGAAGGAGUUGAUGGAUUCUCGUGAAUUUGAACAAGGUCAAGCAGUGAUCGACAGUAUGUUGGAGCUUUGCCAGGAUCAUCCUGUCUUGAUGGCAUCACUUUAUGCUGAGCGAGCCAAAGCUUGCAUGCGAUUGAAAGAUUGGCGAGGUGUAAUAAAAGAUGUUGGUCAAGCUACUUACAGAAACCAUUCGCUUGUGCAGCCCUACCUCUAUCGCGCGCAGGCGCUUCAGGCGCUUGAACGCCACGAGGAUGCAGUCAAAGAACUUGAGUCACUCCUUUCAUGGCAUCAAGUGGAAAGCGUCUAUCACAAGCUGGAAGAAGCCAAGUUCUUGCUGAGGAAGCACAAGAGGAGGAACUACUACGAGGUGCUCGGAGUGCCUUCCGUGGCAUCACAACUUGAGAUCAAGAAGGCAUAUAGAGAACGUGCUGCUGAAUGGCACCCAGACAAGAAAUCUCACCUGGAUGAGGCAUCCAAAAAGAAUGCUGAAGAGAUGUUCAAAUGUAUCGGAGAAGCUUAUGAAGUGCUGACCGACCCAACCAAGAAGGAGCUCUACGAAAAAGGCUACGACCUUGAGGGCAUAAAUGAGCAGAUUGAGCUCAAGAAGAGGCGAACAAACGGCUGCUGUGGCGGAAGGCCUGGUGGUGGUUGCUGCUGAAAUGCUCUCCAAGCCAACCUACCAGACCGAACCUGCCUGCCCAUAAUGGACAGCUUUUACCAACUUUUACCGCAUCGAUGCGUUGCCAUCCGAAAGUGAUGGUCGUCACGUUAGGGAAUUAGUAGACGCUGGAGUCAGCUCACGGCCCAACUGACUCACUGACAUGGAGUCAGAGUAUGUCCAGUGGCCUGAGACAAAUACUGUGUGCAGCUCCUCGAGCUACAAGAAAGAAAA